AUGUCGGCAACGACCGAUAUUAGUAAUACUAAUUUUACUGAUAUAUCAGGCAAAACAACAGAACGACUUAUACGAAAUAUUCCAACAUUGAUUAAUCAAAGAAAAAGUGUAUGGAAAAUGUGGGAAUUAUCAAAACGUAGUCGAGAAGAAUCGAAAUAUCGUCGUGAAGAACUUGAUAUAAAACUAAAUUGGAAACGUGUAAAUUUUUGGCAAUCUGAAACAACAUUUACUCGUUCAGCCCAAUUACGUAUGCCUAAAUCUCAAAUAUUAUUUAAAACUCAUUUUUCAAAUAAUACUGAUCGUGAACAAGAAUAUUCAUUACGUGCUCAACGUUCAACAACAACAACAUUAAAUUUUACAUUUAUGCGUGGUUUUACCAAAGAAAAAGAAGGUUGUGUUACAUUUAAAUUACCAAAUGAAGUUUUAGAAGUAGGUGGUGGUCUUCGACAUGAACAACGUGUUGAAUAUGGAAGAGAUUCAACUUUUGAAACACAAAUGACAUGGUCAGCAGAUUCAACUAUUCGUGUUGCACCACAUUCAAAAGCAAAUGCUGAAUUAUGUAUAACAGAAGAAGAAUACUCAGCUGAUUUUUCAGUUGAAGUACGUUUUAGUGGUCGUAUAUCAGCAAUGAUUAGUACACGAAAUAAUACAGGUGGUUAUUAUAAAUAUAUGGAAGGUGACUUAGCAGCAAUAUUUUCUGAUGCAUUACGUGCAGGUAAUUGUGGUGCAAGUCCUGGUCAAUUUGAAGUACAUGAACAAACACAAACAGUUCGAACAGUUAUGUUAGGUAAAUGUGCAUUUCGAUAUGGUAUUGAGCAACAUGUUAAUGUUGAACAAGGAAAGUUAGAUGAUUUAUCAUCAACGGUAACUAAUGAACCACCACCAAAAUAUCGACCAGUAUUUACAUCGCAUAAUAUUCAUUGA